AUGGCGGUAAUAUGUGAAUCUCAUGCUGCUUGUAGGAGCUACCUUAAUGCUCAAGCCUCGAAGAAUGCAACUUGCAGACCCCUUGUACUUGUGGCUCAAACCCCACAAUGUUGGUCCCCUCCUGCUAAUGGUGUCGUAAAAUUUAAUGUGGAUGCCUCUUGGAAACCGGAGCUUCAUAAGGCAGGUAUUGGAGUGGUAUUACGUGAUUCUAGUGGAGCUUUUGCUGCUGGCCUUGCUGACUCUGUUGAAGCAGAAUGUACCAUUGAAGCUGAGACUCUGGCUAUUUUGGAAGGAUGUAAUUUUGCUAUCCAAAAAGGGCACACUAGAGUAGUCAUUGAAUCUGAUUCCAAAGAGGCCAUAUCUUGCCUUAAUCGUUCAAUCCCAAGAGGUAGGUGGCAGCUCUAUCCAAUCCUUCAUAGCAUCAGGAACUCUUGCUCUACCUUUCAGGAUUGUAACUGGUCAUGGGUCCCUAGGACCGCAAACUUGGCAGCCUAUCACUUAGCCAAGUUAGCUAUGUCGAGGAUGAGCCUUUCUAUUUGGGUCAACAGACCCCCAUCCUCUUUGAUUGGAAUAUUGGACAAAGAUGGUCUUCCUUGCCCCCCAAUUCACAGUGCUUGAGGAAUGCUAGAUCAGAUUUUGAUAUUCUCUGCCCAUCUAUGGCACCGUCUGUUUCUUUCUUUAUCUGGCAUUUCUGCUUUAUCUUGUAUCUUGAUUGGUCUUUGGCUGUGUUGUAUGCGUGCUUGUAGUCCCCUACUAAUUGGACUCCUGCUUAUGUAUUUGCUUGCGCUAUUUGCGCCUUGGUAUUGAUUUCCAGGU